AUGGCCAUUUUGGAUAGGCUUCCCACCCGGGUUAGACUGAUGCGAAUGGGACUAGUAAUAGAGAAUGAUCGAUGUAUCUUCUGUGAUUUGGUGCCUGAGACUAGAAAUCACAUUUUCUUUGAAUGUGAUUAUGCUAAAAGCCUGUGGAAGGCCAUCCUUCUGCUCUGUGGAGUUAACCGAAGAAUAAGCCACUGGGAAGGCGAGCUUUCAUGGGCUGCUCACUGCCUUAAAGGAAAGUCCCUUCUCACAAGAGUGUUUAAGCUUGCUUUGACAAGCUAUGUGUAUGUCAUAUGGAGAGAAAGGAACAAAAGACUGUAUGGUGGAUUGCUUAGGCCGAUGAGUGAUAUCUUGCUGAGCAUUAAAACUGAUAUCCAGAUUCGACUCGAUGGUUGGCCAAUUAACAGAAGUGACUCUAGGAACAUUGCCCUUUGUGUUAGCUGGGGUAUUUCAUAA